AUGAGCGAGAACGGUUGGGAGAGACUGCUUUCGGCCCAUCACCAGGAGACCCAGGUGGUCGCCGCUAGCAACCCCUCGUCGCCAGCGAACCCCGGUACUGCAGCAUCUUCCACGGAUCCCGGGACCGAUGCCACUCAAAGUUCUACAGCAACUGCCUCACAGCGGACACUCACUAACAACAACGGCACGAGCGUGACCCAGGUUCAGUUCGUGAUGAUCAUCGCCUGUGCUAAGGCCGCUUCAGCUGAAGCCAGAAGGCUUUUGGAACGUGGCCAGAGAGAACUAGAUGCCGCGACUUCGUCAUCGUCGGGCCCUCAAGUCAACAUCGACAAGCUUAUCAAGAACCUAACGGAGAAACUCGGUGUGGUUCCACCUAAUAUAGUACCGGACGAGAAGGUCAUGAAGCUACUCUCGAAGUCUAGCAGUGCGUAUGUAGACUUCAAGCUUCUCAACGUCUCUAACUCUAACUCAAAUGCAAGGAAAAGAUUGAGAACCACUACAACGGGGCUGGUUGUCGAGGUAUACGAAAAACCUGAGGAUUCCCGCUCUGGCGAUAAUGGUCUCGUUCUCGACAUUAUGGGGGCUUGGACAGCGCAGUUUGGUAGAUAUGUCGCGGGCGUAUGUCUGGUCGACGAACAUGCAGCGAACAACAUCCUGACAUUUCUAUCGUAUCAGUGCGAGAUCGGCCGUAUCGCCCUGUACUCUCCGGCACGUGCGGUCGACGCUGAUCGUCAGUUCCGCAUGUCAGUCCCUGGCAUCGCAGCUACGGGAGUUCCUGUCUGGCAGUGCUAUGCGCAGGAGCACACGGCCCCCUUUUUCUCGAGGCUUCUAGCAGAGAUGGCAAACCGGCGCAUGUGGAGCACGUACCGUCAGCCAAAGGGGGGCAAAGGAAAAGGAAAAGGAAAGGGGAAAGGAUCAGGAAAAGGUAAUCAACAAAGUUGGUCGUGGUCCGCCAGCGGGAAGGAUGUCGAUAAUAAGUCUUUCGCAACUGGAGACCAACCCAAAAGCAUGCCAUCCAAGAAGUAA